UACCGCCAGAACAACUUGGCACUCAACAAUAUUUACAUUCAACCGUCUGCUGCCCCGUUGCCAGACGUUGUAUCCAGCCACAUGGAUACAGUACGCGCCAAGCGGGACUCCCCGGGGCUGUCAUCCGAUGAAAUGAACCAGGUCGUGGGCCACCUGGACCUUCUUGCAGAGGGAUGCGACGAGGACGACGUGGUGACCUUCCUUAACGAUACAAUAUUUCCUAACAGCAAACUGACCCGGCCUAUGGACCUGCCCUCCAGCGCUCUCAUGUCGCAGCAUCUCGUCCCCUCCAAUCCUGUUAGUCCGUACAGAGUUACUCAACCCGAACCAGACAGGUUGUAUGGGUACUCGGGGAACCCUAAUGCGGCGUUUACACAGCCACAAUUACUGGCUCAAGCUACACUCCAUCCAAAAAUCCCACACCAUUCGGCGGCAACGUCACAGGGCCUUCGGUUUCCCUUCUUCGCCAUCGAAUUCAAAGCCGCCGGAGGUACGCGAGGUGACCUCUGGGUUGCCACAAAUCAGUGUGCGGGCGCUUCAGCAGCCUGCCUCAACGCUGUCGAGCAGUUGAACACCUCACUUCGAGAGUACAGCGCACAGAGUGUCGACAACUUGGCCUAUUGCAUUGCUAUAGAUAAUAAUGUUGCCCAGCUGUAUAUCUCGUGGAAGGAAGGUAAUUUGAACUAUUAUCUCCAGCGGGUUGAUGCUUUCCUGUUGUCAAGCCCAGAGCAUUUUAAGAACUUUCGCAAUCAUGUGCGAAACAUUCUUGAUUGGGGAAAGGAUGGGCGUCUGACGCGGAUUGGGGACGCCUUAGAUAUCAUC